AUGUCGGCAUCUCCGUUCCAGACAUAUCUCAGCCGCUCGGUUGAUAUCUUCCGCCGCAACACCGCAAAGGUCUUGCGGAUGGAACCUCAGCCUAACAGCACUGCCCUCCCGAUCUUCUCGUUCACCGAUGCCCAGCCGCCAGUGAACCCCCCUUCGGACUUUGCCACCGGCAGUGACAUCGACAUCGGAGGUCUGAGCACCAAUGAGCUCACUGCGGUGCCCUCACAAGAAGCCGAGGGCGGCCUGUCGCACAUUGCAUUCCAUGGCAACAUGUCACUGGCAGUGCCUCCUCAAUACGCCGGACAGAUCCGCACAGGCUACGCAGGCUUCCGUAACAAGUCACGCCCAUCCCUGUUUGGUGACGAUACCUGGAACCUUGACUUGUACUCGCACAUCAAGGUCGAGGUCGCGUACCGUGGUUUGGAGGCAUGGAGGAGCCGCUGGGUCGUCAACAUCCAGACUGCUGGUCCCGUCAAGUCGGAUCUCUUCCAGCACCGUUUGGAUCUUCCCUCCAACUCCACAUCCACCCAAUCUGGUGCCACUCUUGACCCCCUGCACUGCACUGGCCUGCAGUUCACCACUCUCUACCUCCCCAUCUCGUCAUUCCUCCUCACCAACAUGGGCACUACAUCCGAGGUGCAGAUUACGAUGAUGAGGCAGAAGGUCCGCACGUUCGGUUUCGCUCUCCUUGGUGGUGGACGUGACGAUGCCAUUGCCCCCACUCCUGCCCAGCAGGCUGCCAUUGAGCGCGGUCGUAUUAUGGCUGCUGGUGGCUUUGGCCGUCCUGGUGUCGAUGAAGAGCCAGACGCCGAGCUGGAGGAGCUUCUGGCGUCGGACCGCCCCGCCGGUAUGCCUGCACCUUCGUACGCCAAGCCGGCUGUGGCCGGUGCGUACCACCGUGUGGGUUCUGCGGGUCCCGCCCCCGUCCUGACCCCACAUGCGCUGGACAGGGAGGGAUACUACGAGCUCUGUGUGCGGAGCGUCGAGGCCGUCAACUAUGAUCCCGAGAUGGACUAG